GGUCCCCUCCUCCCGCGCAGCUCCUGGCUCCGGGCGGGCGGCUGUAGAGCCCCGGCGGAGGAUUCAGCCCCGAUGGAGGCUGAGGAGCCCCGACAUGGAGCACUGGCUCCCACCUCUGCCGUAGCCGAAUUCAGUGUUAUCCCUGAAGCUCUCAUGAGGAUAAGCCAGAGCCCUGCCCUGGGGCCAGAAGCUCAGGAAGGCCAGGAGCCAUCCUGUGAGUGGGCAGAGGAAUGCAGACUCUUGGAGAUGCAGCAGAGGGAUGUAAGAGAUGCCAGUGACUGUGCACCUGAGGCUCUGACCUCUUUCCCCAAGGCCGCCCCUGCGGAUGUGGAGACUGACCAGGAGAACCUUAUGAUUGAGGCCUGGGCCACUCCAGAGUGCCAGGAGGCAGUGCCCCGGAGCUUGGCAGACAGACGGGCAAGGACACCAGCUCCCCCAGAGCCCUGGGCCGGCCCUGGCUCGGCCGAACAUCAGGACACAGUCCCUGUGUCCAGCGAACUGAGUAGCCAAUUGGAGGUGGCAUUUAGACAAGCAGAAGAGAAAGAGGAAACAUCUCCAGAUGCCUCUGCUCAGGCCAGAUGUUUGUCUUCCUGUGAGGAGCACCCUGCAGGGACCACCCCGCUGCAGGACUCUGAAAGUGGGCCCAUCAGGCAGGGGCACGAGCUGCAGGAAAGUCAAUGGGAAGAAGGGCUUGUGUAUCUCCAGGAGGCUGAGGGGCUGGAGGAGCAGGGACAGGAGGAGGGCAGAGCCCUGGGAGGGGCUGUGUGUUCUAACAGGCUUCUAGGGGAGCAGGAACAGGAUGGGGAGCAGGUUGAUGGUACACAAAGGCAAAGGCAGGAGCAGAUGCAAGAUGAGAGGGUACUUGUGAAACUAGGAGAGAGGGAGGGGCUUGGUGGGGGACUGGGAGGUGUGGAUGGUGAUGAGUGGGAGGGACAGGCUCCAGGCCAGGAAGACCGGGAAGUGGGCGACCAGAUGAAGAGGGUGUCGAGGGGGCCUGACGAGAGUGGGGUGGGUGCUCAGUGCCAGGAGAAUCAAAGCUUAGUGGGGAGAUCAGUGAGUGUACCCGGAAGGCAGGAACAUCAGGGUCUGCCAGGGAAACUGAGGCUGGAGGAAGAGGAGGAGGCGGAAGAUUGGGAUGGGGAGGGGUUGGGGGGAGUGGGAGGAGAGAGCAGUGCAGAGGAGGAGGAAGAGGCUGAGGGUCCUCCCACACCUGCUCUGGUGCCCCCCGAGGUCGCCUCUCCCUGGGACUUGUUUCCCAUCUCCUGUGAUGCCCUAGCCAGGCUUCCUGGGACUCAAGCCGAGCUUAGGGCUGAGGAGCUGUCUCCCGGAGCUCUGACGCCUCCCCCGGAGCCAGUGUGGUGUUCCCACCAGCCCAGUCCUUUACCUGGCUCCUUUUCCCCUGGGGGCUCCCCUGACCCAGAAACAGCUCAGGACCUCCAGCCAGAGGGAUCCGAGCUGAGGAUGGGGGCAGCACCCAGCGGGGUCAUUGAGGUGGCCUCUGCCGGUGCACCUGAGACUUCUCCAAGGACACCAGAUUCAGCUCCUUCCUCUUCUGCUGACGUCUCCCCCAGUGCAGCCACCUCAGCGGCUGCCAGCUCCCCGAUUGCCAUCCCCAGGACCAAGGCCUCCUUCGCUGCAUAUUCUCCGGAAACCACCGGAGCUGCUUUCUCAGCCGACACCCCGUCUCCCUGCGGGGCCUCUGAGACUCUCCCUGCAGCCCUCCACGGCUUCUCCUCCGUGGAGGCCACCAUGGACUCGCGUGGCAGCUCCACCUGGGCCCCCCCUCAGAGCCCCCUCACCACGCCCGCAGGGGUCGUCCAGCACCUGCGCAGCAACUCCUUCCCCGGCUUGCACAGGACGCAGCUGGCUCCAGACCUGGACCUGGUGGAACGCUCGCUUUCCUUCUCUCAUUCAGACUUGCCCCAGAGGCCCCCCAAACCUGCCAUCUAUGGCUCUGUGGCCCCAAGAAGGGACAGGAAGAGCAGCAGGGACUGCAGCGUUAUUCUCGAAUCCCCCAUUUCACCACCCACUCCUGGGCAGGACUCUCGAGACUUCGCCUCUGAUCCGCACGGGCCCAGCAGUACCCCUAGCAGCCAGCCGUGGGGCUCCCCACAUCAUCCAGCCUUUGCCCCAGGGUCUCCUGCCUACGGCUCUUCACCGCCCCCUGUCUUUGUAGACAUGAGGCUGCAUGAACCCCCACCCCCUGCUCCCCCGGAGAAGAGGCGCGCCCACCUCUCCAUGGUGGAGAGAGACAGCCACCCUAGUGCGGUGGUCCCCACCCUAAGGCACUGUAGCUAUCCUCCCCUAAAUUUAGAGCUAUAUGGCCCCCCCAGGGGCCCACUUCCUGAAGUUCCUGACCCCCCUGUGGCAAGGCAGUACCGACCUCUGCCCUCUACCCCGGACGAUCCCCACCAUCCUCAGACCUCUUCCUCCCCCAGGCUGCGAUACAACAAGCCAUUACCCCCUACCCCUGAUGUGUUCCAGCCCCACCAUUCUCCUGUUUCUCAUAUUAGCCCGAGGAGCUACAGGCCUCUACCCCCUGUCCCUAUCAUAGAUCCCCACCCCGAACCACCCCCGUUACCCCCAAAGGCCAGGGGGAGGAACAGGAGCACUCAGGGAGCACUCAUAAAUUCAGGGGGUCAAGCCAAGCCAAGGCCUAUUGGUCCAGAGUGGGUGGUCCCCAGUCCCCACACUGCCGGACGUACCUCCUGGCCCCCAGCCAUGGGCCGACCAUCAGACUCUUUGGCGUCCACCAGUUGGAGUAAGAGUGAAGUGUCCCCUGGCAUAGCUUUCAGCAACCUGACUAGCCUUCCUAGUCCCUCUUCCCCAACCACCCCCUGGACUCCAGGGCUCCAGGGGCCCACCUCUGAGCCGGGGCUCUCAGAAGAGUCGGAGGCCCUGGCCAGGGGAUCUCUGAGAAGAACAGUCCCCCAGGAAGGAGCCAAUGGCCUGAGGAGGUUGGAUCUAGGGCGAGCAAGGCAGCCUGAAAAACCCAGCCAUCCCCACCUGGAGAAGGCGUCCAGCUGGCCCCACCGGCGGGACCCGGGGAGGCCGCCGCAGGGCAGCGGUGCACAGGCGGCCGCCCCUGGCGAGGGCUCCAGCAAGCACAAGGGCUGGCAUCGGCAAGGCCUGCGCAGACCUUCCAUCCUUCCCGAGGGCCCUUCAGAUGCAAGAGGUCCAGCCACUGAAAAGUCCCCUGGCCUUUCAGACACCAUUGUUUUUCGGGAGAAAAAGCCAAAGGAGGCAAUGGGAGGCUUCUCAAGACGCUGCUCAAAGCUCAUCAACUCCUCUCAGCUGCUUUAUCAGGAGUACAGCGAUGUGGUUCUGAACAAGGAGAUCCAAAGCCAGCAGCGGCUGGACAACCUGGCGGAGGCCCCUGGGCCCGCCUCCCCCCGGCAGCCCCGGAAGGCUCUGGUGUCCUCAGAGUCCUACCUGCAGCGCCUCUCCAUGGCCUCCAGGAGCUCCCUCUGGCAGGAGAUCCCUGUGGUGCGCAAUAGCACUGUGCUGCUCUCCAUGACCCAUGAAGACCAAAAGCUGCAGGAGGCCAAGUUCGAGCUAAUUGUGUCGGAGGCCUCCUACCUGCGCAGCCUGAACGUGGCUGUGGACCACUUCCAGCACUCAGCCCAGCUCCGUGCCAUCCUCUCUAACCAGGAGCAGCAGUGGCUCUUCUCCCGCCUCCAGGACGUGCGUGACGUCAGUGCCACGUUCCUUUCAGACCUGGAGGAGAACUUCGAGAACAACAUCUUCACCUUCCACGUGUGUGAUGUCGUCCUGAACCAUGCCUCCCACUUCCGCAGGGUGUACCUGCCUUACGUCACCAACCAGACCUACCAGGAGCGCACCUUCCAGAAUCUGCUGGCUUCCAACAGCAGUUUCCGCGAGGUCCUGGAGAAGCUGGAGAGUGACCCUGUCUGCCAGCGCCUGUCCCUCAAGUCCUUCCUGAUCCUGCCUUUCCAGCGCAUCACCCGCCUCAAACUGCUGCUCCAGAACAUUCUGAAGAGAACACAGCCUGGGUCCUCAGAGGAAGCGGAGGCCACAAAGGCGCACCACGCCCUGGAGGAGCUGAUCCGGGACUGCAACAACAAUGUCCAGAGAAUGCGCCGGACAGAGGAGCUCAUCUACCUGAGCCAGAAGUUUGAGUUCGAGUGCAAAAUCUUCCCGCUCAUUUCACAGUCACGCUGGCUGGUAAAGAGUGGAGAGCUGACUGCGCUGGAGUUCAGCGUCUCCCCGGGGCUGCGAAGGAAGCUGAACACGCGCCCGAUCCAUCUGCAUCUUUUCAACGACUGCCUGUUGCUGUCUCGGCCCCGAGAGGGCAGCCGAUUCCUGGUGUUUGACCACGCUCCCUUCUCCUCCAUCCGGGGGGAAAAGUGUGAAAUGAAGCUCCAUGGACCUCACAAAAACCUCUUCCGGCUCUUCCUGCUGCACAACACACAGGGCACCCAGGCUGAGUUCCUGUUCAGCACGGAGACUCAGAGUGAAAAGCUUCGCUGGAUCUCCGCCUUGGCCAUGCCCAGAGAGGAGCUGGACCUUCUGGAGUGUUGCGACUCCCCGCAAGUGCAGUGCCUUCGAGCCUACAAGCCCCGAGAGAACGACGAGCUGGCUCUGGAGAAGGCAGACGUGGUGAUGGUGACUCAGCAAAGCAGCGAUGGCUGGCUGGAGGGCAUGCGACUCUCAGAUGGGGAGCGAGGCUGGUUUCCUGUGCAGCAGGUGGAGUUCAUUUCCAACCCAGAGGCCCGUGCACGGAACCUGAAGGAAGCCCAGCGAGUCAAGACGGCCAAGCUACAGCUUGUGGAAAAGCAGACCUAGCUAUUCUCUGAAAGGGCUCCCUGAGCUUAAGGACAAGAUGUUCUUGGAGAGGGCUGGCCCCACAGCCCUGCAACAGAGGCCUUCUAUGGGCCAAGAGCUGGACCUUCUGAGAGCCCAAAGACAAAAUCCAGUCAUCAGUUGCUAGAUCCCUGCCUCCUGUUUUGUUCCUUGUGCUUGGUCGGGGACUCUGAGGGACUUUGCACCGGACUCUGGAAACCUAUUCUCAUAGGAAAUGGGACCAGUGGGGCCUACGCCAAAGAACUUUACUUCUACUGUAUAGUACUUAAGCAUUCUCUGCCCCCAGAGUGCAGGUUCAGUUUCUGUCGUGGCCAUAUGUUAGAAUCUGACCUCAGUCCACACUGGUUGGAGAGGUUUAAGGGGGUUAACAUGUCAGAUGGGAGCAUCAACCUGGUGACCUCUGAGGUAUCUUCCAACCCUAACGAUUUUCCAUGAUUGUUGGUAUGAGGUAGUGCAUGCAUCUCUGGGACCUGCUGAUGGCGAUGUGAGGGGGAUGCUCUCUCACGCUAAUAAACUUGGCACUACUCGAA